AUAACCUGGUUUUACCAACUCACGAAACUUUAAAAUCCCUUAAAUAUUUGAAUGCUAUAAUUGAUGAAACAUUGCGAUUGUUUCCAAUAACAUUAACUGGUAUAAUGCGACAAACAACCUGUGAUACCAUAAUUUCCAAUUAUUUAAUUCCUAAAGAUACAAUAGUUGCCGCCUCAAUUUGGAAACUUCAUAGAUCCAAACAAAUAUGGGGUCAGGAUGUCGACGAGUUUGUACCCGAACGAUGGUUUAAUUUGGAUUCGAAAAUAAGAAAUGAUGCUUAUUAUCCUUUUGGUAGUGGUUCUAGGCUUUGUAUUGGAAAUAAUUUUGCCUUAAUGGAAAUAAGAAUUAUUUUAAGUGCAUUGUUAGUAAAUUUUGAUUUUGUUGCCAAGGAAGAUGCGGAUUUACAAAUCGUUCAAUUUAUUACUCCAUCAUUGAGAAGUAAAAAAUUUGAAGUAAAGGCUAUCCGAUUACGUGAAG